GACUUUUGUGACAGAUAUACCCCUGAUUUCCCUCGAACCAUAACUCCUAAAACCUCAAAUAAGUCGGUCGGAGAAAGGGCUCAAUCGGCUAGAGACACCUGGUUUUGGGGAUUUCUGCGGCGGAAAUGGACCUCCGGCCGAGGCAACGGCAAUCAUUUUCUGGAUUUACUAAAUCCGAGGUUCAGCGAAUGGAGCAUUUACUUAACGAAUUUAAAGAACAAUGUCUAGAGAAGGAGUUCUGUAAGAAAUUGGCAAGAAUUUUGAACCGUUCGAGUGGUCGUGCUGGAAAACCUGCUGUAAACUGGAAUGAGGUUCGAAGUUGGUUUCAGAAGAAUCAACAAAAUGGGCUCUCUAAAGAGAGUUCAUGCAAUGAAGCUAAGGAGACACCUGUUGUCACAGAAGCCCUCGCUCGGAAUAAAAAAAUUGGAAAUCCAAAAAUGGCUGAAGGAGAGAAGAAUGAAGAUCUAUCCAUGUUGGAAUUUGAAGCAAAGUCGCUCAAGGAUGGGGCAUGGUACGACGUUGACACAUUUCUUUCCCAUAGAUUCCUCAGUUCCGGAGAUAUUGAAGUUCAUGUAAGAUAUGUUGGAUUUGGAGCAGAGGAAGAUGAAUGGAUUAAUGUAAGAGAUUCUGUUAGGGUUCGCUCAGUUGCUUUAGAGCAUUCUGAAUGCCGUAAAGUGAAAGUUGGAGAUCUCGUUGUUUGCUUCCAGGAGAGACAAGAUCAAGCAAGAUACUAUGAUGCUCAUGUGAUAGAGGUACAAAAGAGAUGGCAUGAUGUUAGAGGUUGCAGAUGUCUUUUCUUGAUUAGAUACGACCACGAUAAUUCUGAGGAGAAAGUCCGUUUGAGGAGAUUAUGUUGUCGGCCAGACAUACUAGCAAACUCGGAGUGAAAUUGGCUUUGUGGGAAUUGUUCUUCAACCUUUGUUCAUGAGUUGUUAUGUCAUUUGCUGUAGGUGGAAGGCUCUUACAUUAUAUAUAUAUAUUAGUUGACCUGAGCUGUUUCUUCAAGUCCAGUGAAUAAAAUUCUGAUACGAAGUCGUAAGCCUCUUUAAUUUGUUCAAGUCGAUGUUCUUGGUGAUUAAUGAUGAUUCAAGUCGAUGGUGAUUAAUGACGAUUAACGUUGUGAUUG